AUGGCCUUCGUAUCAGACUGGCUGAGGGGCAAGGCAGAAGUCAAUCAAUCGACUACCCAGUGGCUCCUUAAGGAGCAUGACCAGCUGACCUGCUGUAUUGUGGAGUAUCAGAACAAGGGCCAGGCUAACAAGUGCAUCCAGCAUCAGCACGGGUUACAUAGAAAUCUCAUUUAUUUUGCUACCGUCACAGACACCAGCCCAACCAGUACUUCAAAAGCAAUGAGACAAUCUUCCAGUUGGCUGCUGUGA